AUUCUGUGGGUUGUCUCUUUGUUGAUUGUUUUCUUCAUUCUGCAUAAGGUUUUUAGCUUGAUGUAACCUUAUUUGUCUAUUCUUGCUUUGGAUGCCUAUGCUUUUGAGGUCUUAUACAAAAAAUCUUUGUCUAGACCAAUAUCCUGGAGUAUUUCCCCAAUGUUUUAUUUUAGUAAUUUCCAGUUUCAGGUCUUAGAUUUGAGCCUUUAAUCUAUUUUUAUUUGAUUUUUGCAUGAUGAGAGAUAGGGGUCUAGAUUCAUUCUUUAAUAUAUAAUUACCAGUUUUCCCAGCAUCAUUUAUUGAAGAAACUGUCCUUUCCCCACUGUAUGUUCUUGGCACCUUUGUUAAAAUGAGUUGACUAUAGACCAGUGCUGGGAUCGGGCUGCGCUGUGUUAUGGCCCUGUACCACACCGAGGAGCGUGGGCAGCCCUGCUCGCAGAAUUAUCACCUCUUCUUCAAGAAUGUAACUGGUCACUCCAUUUCCCCCUUUCAUGAUAUUCCUCUGAAAGUGAACUCUAAAGAGGAAAAUGGCAUUCCUACGAAGAAAGCACGAAAUGAUGAAUAUGAGACUCUGUUUAAUGUGAUUGUAGAAAUACCUCGGUGGACAAAUGCUAAAAUGGAGAUUGCCACCAAAGAGCCACUGAAUCCCAUUAAACAAUGUGUAAAGGAUGGAAAACUACGCUAUGUGGCGAAUAUCUUCCCUUACAAGGCUUAUGUAUGGAAUUAUGGUACCCUCCCUCAGACUUGGGAAGAUCCCCAUGAAAAAGAUAAGAGCACGAACUGCUUUGGAGAUAAUGAUCCUAUUGAUGUUUGUGAAAUAGGCUCAAAGAUUCAUUCUUGUGGAGAAGUUUUUCAUGUGAAGAUCCUCGGAAUCUUGGCUCUUAUUGAGGAAGGUGAAACAGAUUGGAAAUUAAUUGCUAUCAAUGUGAAUGAUCCUGAAGCGUCAAAGUUUCAUGAUGGGGUCUCACUAUGUUGCCCAGAAUGGUCUGGAACUCCUAGGCUCAAGCAAUUCUCCCACCUCAGUCUCCCAAGUCGCUGGGAUUAGGGGCAUGCCAUGGCACCUAGCUCCAGGCUGAAUUUGACAACAGAUAUUUUUAGCAAUGUUUUAUUGAAUUCUUUCAGAACAUUCAAAUUAACUUCAUAAAGACAAAAACUUUCUUGUAUUCAUAAAUUCACUGGUGUAUGUAAUAUUUAAUUACAUCUCAUAAUUACAGUAAAAGAUACAGUUAGCAUAAAUGGUUUGGGAAUAAACACACCUGAUGCUUGGUAAAGCUAAAACUUAACUGAUGGAAACAAAAGUGUGGGCUUCAUUCUAGAGUACUCUGCCAGAGGCAGCAUACAUAAUAUGUGAACAUUAAUCAGAGUGUUCUACAGAAGUAGAGUCUUUACUAAUCAGUCCAGUAAGUUGAUCAAGUAGAGUUCGAUUAAAAGAGCUUAAUUUGUAAUCAAAAUUAGAAACUGAAAUAGAUUUAGCUUGAUUACAUAUAGAGCUUUUCCAGAUUAUCCUAACUUUAUUGGAUUAGUUCAUCUUUAAAAUUCCUACAAAAUUAAUUCCACGAGUGGGAAUAAAUGACUACUAGAGAAUUGCCACUUUUCUUAAAAUAACAUAGAUUGUAAAAAAUGUAUCUAAUCAAAGAUGUCCUACAAAUAGAUAGUGUUGAUGGUUGCACAAAAUUGUAGACAUACUUAAUGUAAAUGAAUUAUACACUUAAAAUGCUUAACAUGGCAAAUUUUAUGUUAUGG